UCGUGAACGCGCGCACCCCCCCUCCCCGGCUGCGCUGGCAGCGGCGGCGGCGGCUCGGCCAUGGCGGACCUGAGCGCGGAGCGGCUGUGCUCGCUGCCCGGCAACUGGAGCUACGGGAUCAGCCAGGGCGGCCGCCUCUUCUUCAUCAACGAGGAGGCGAAGAGCACGACCUGGCUGCACCCGCACACCGGAGAGGCCGUGAUCACCGGGCACCGCCGCAGCGCAGACUUACCCACAGGUUGGGAAGAAGCAUAUACUUUUGAAGGUGCAAGAUACUACAUAAAUCAUAAUGAACGGAAAGUGACCUGCAAGCAUCCAGUAACAGGACAGCCAUCACAGGAUAACUGUAUUUUUGUUGUGAAUGAACAGACUGCUGCAACUAUGACAUCUGAAGAAAAGAAAGAACGAACAGUAAGCACAAUAAGUGACGCUUCCAACUACAAUUUGACAUCAGAUUAUGCUGUGCAUCCAGUGAGCCCUGUGGGCAGAACAUCACGGUCUUCAAAGAAGGUUCAUAAUUUUGGAAAGAGAUCAAACUCAAUAAAGAGGAAUCCUAAUGCACCGGUCAUCAGACGGGGGUGGCUUUACAAGCAGGAUAGUACUGGUAUGAAGCUGUGGAAGAAACGAUGGUUUGUGCUUUCUGAUCUGUGUCUCUUCUAUUACAGAGAUGAAAAAGAAGAGGGAAUAUUGGGGAGCAUACUUCUACCUAGUUUUCAGAUAUCGAUGCUUUCUUCUGAGGAUCAUAUUAAUCGCAAAUAUGCUUUUAAGGCAGCUCAUCCAAACAUGAGGACCUAUUAUUUCUGCACAGAUACAGGGAAGGAAAUGGAGCUAUGGAUGAAAGCCAUGAUAGAUGCAGCACUUGUACAGACAGAACCUGUGAAAAGAGUAGAGAAGAUAAAUGAAAACACAUCACCUCGAGAAGUGAAUAACAUUUUGAACCACAGGGUAUUAAUUAAACCAGAGGCACAGAAUAAUCAAAAAAACAAAGAAGUAAGCAAAAAUGAAGAGAAGGCGGCUUUGGAAGCUGAAAAAUAUGGAUUUCAGAAAGUUGGACAAGAUAAACCCUUAACUAAAAUUAAUAGUGUAAAGCUAAAUUCAGAAUACAGAACCUUACCAGUGAGCGCACUUCAGGCUGGACUCUACAGGCCAGUUCAUUUAAAUGGCUCUGAGAAUAAAGCUGUCAAUAUUGUGGCGGACACUGGAGAUGGAGGACAGCACAAUGCAGUUCACUCACAUAUGGAGUCUGAACGAGUCAUACAGAGAACUAAUUCAAUGCUUCAGUUGGAGCAGUGGAUUAGAAUUCAGAGAGGAAAGGGGCAAGAUGAGGAAACAAGAGGCAUAAUUUCAUAUCAGACGCUACCAAGAAAUAUGCCAAGCCACCGACCCCAAGUUGCACCCCGUUAUCCAGAAGGCUAUAGAACCCUGCCAAGGAACAGCAAAACGAGGCCAGAGAGUGUUUGUAGUGUGACACCAUCAGUUUAUGACAGGACCAUAGGACCAGUAACAGCUGAAGAAAAACGGAGAUCUAUGCGGGAUGACACAAUGUGGCAACUCUAUGAAUGGCAACAACGUCAAUUUUACAAUAAGCAAACAACUCUUACCAGACAUAGUACUAUAAGUAGUCCAAAAACCAUGGUCAAUAUUUCUGAUCAGGUGAUGCAUUCCAUUCCCACAUCACCUUCCCAUGGUUCCAUAGCUGGUUACCAAGGAUAUUCCCCUCAACGGACAUACAGAUCAGAAGUGUCCUCACCAGUGCAAAGAGCAGAUGUAACAAUUGACCGCAGACAUAGAACUCAUCAUGCUAAGCAUGUCUUCAUUCCUGAAAGGAGGUCGAUGCCAGCAGGUCUGACUUUACAGCCUGUUACUCCCCAGAGCCUCCAAGGCAAAACGCCAGAGGAGCUCACGCUGCUGCUAAUAAAGCUGAGACGGCAGCAAGCUGAACUGAGUAGUAUCCGGGAACACACACUAGCACAGCUCAUGCAACUAAAACUUGAGGCCAACAGCCCAAAGAAUGAGAUUCUUUCACAUCACCUUCAAAGGAAUGCCAUAUAUUUGGAUCAUCAGUUGACACAAGAAGAAUGUAGGGGUACACUAUACAAAUAUAGAUCUGAAGAAUUGGAUAUAGAUACUAAGCUUAGCCGAUUAUGUGAACAAGAUAAAGUGGUACAAGCACUGGAAGAGAAACUUCAGCAGCUACACAAGGAGAAAUACACGCUUGAGCAAGCUUUGCUAUCAGCCAGUCAAGAGAUAGAAAUGAAUGCAGAUAACCCAGCUGCCAUACAGAAUGUAGUCUUACAGCGAGAUGAUUUACAGAAUGGACUGCUUAGCACUUGUCGAGAAGUGUCUCGAGCUACUGCAGAACUGGAAAGAGCAUGGAGGGAGUAUGACAAAUUAGAAUACGAUGUAACAAUUACAAGGAACCAUAUGCAGGAGCAGCUGGACCGACUUGGAGAAGUUCAGACUGAGUCAGCAGGUAUACAGCGUGCUCAGAUUCAAAAGGAACUUUGGAGAAUUCAAGAUGUCAUGGAAGGUUUGAGUAAACAUAAACAGCAAAGAAGCUCUACAGAGGCAGGUACCAUUGGAUCAAAGUCUUUUUCAGCUAUUAAGUAUAAAAAUGAGGAAGAGGAAGUAGUCCCACCUCGUCCUCCACUCCCUCGGUCCUAUGACUUUACAGAGCAUCCUCCCAUAAUCCCCUCUCUGCCCAGUGAUAGCAGCUCCUUGCUCUGUUAUAGUAGGGGCCCAGUACAUCUGCUGGAAGAAAAGAAGAUUCACCAAGUUCAAGGAUAUCAGAGAAAUGGAUCUUACUGUGGUCCGGAUUAUAGACUUUAUAAGAGUGAGCCAGAGUUAACAACAGUGGCAGAAGUUGAUGAAUCUAAUGGUGAAGAAAAGACAGAACCAAUUUCAGAGUCAGAAACUUCUACAACUAAAGGUUCACAUUUUCCUGUUGGAGUUGUCCCUCCCAGAACCAAAUCACCAACUCCAGAAUCGUCAACAAUAGCCUCUUACGUCACUUUAAGGAAAAACAAGAAGAUAGAUCUAAGAAUGGAAAGGCCGAGAAGUGCAGUGGAGCAGUUAUGUCUGGCAGAAUACACUCGGCCUCGAAUGACUGUGGAGGAGCAGAUGGAAAGAAUAAAGAGACACCAACAAGCUUGUCUGAGAGAGAAGAAAAAGGGGCUAAAUAUUAUUGGCGUUUCAGAUCUGUCUCCUUCACAGAGCUCAUCCUUUGUUAGGGAUAAUCCAUUUAAGCUGGCUCAGAAUCGAAGAAAGGACGAUAUGGUAUCUAGUAACAUUAAGGAAUUAGAAAAUGCCAUAAGAGAGAAUGAUUUGGAGCAAAAUCAUGAAACUCCUGCAGAAGAAAUAACACAACUAAAUGCUAGAUCAGAAGAGCAUAAUGCAGAUUUUACUAAAGAGUUGACAAAAAGUGAUGACCCACUGUUACCAGACACGUGUGUUAUAGCUGAUCCAAAAGAAAGGAAUGCUGAAGGAGGAGUAGAAAAACAAAAGAAAUUGGGAAAAACACAUACUGUAGAUACCAGUCUGCAGAACAUGGCCCCAAUUGCAAACCACAAACAUGAAACCAGUCCAAAAGAGAGUGAAGCAGCCAGUGUUCAAGAGCAAGAAGGGAUUAUUUCUUCUUUUGAGUUAGCAGUACAAUCUUCAAGAGAAAAUCAAACAGCAGGAAAAAAUCUGCCUUCUUCACCAGAGUCCCCACCAUCACCAGCUCUAUCAACGCAACCACAGCUCACAGAAGGAUCACAUUUCAUGUGUGUAUAGUCUCAGACAACUCUUAACAGAUUCUGUUGAAACCAUUCAUGACCGAGGAGUGUGGACCUAUGGAAAUAUAAGAAGAUAUUGUAGAGUAUAUUUUAAAUCUAUGAAAUUCAUAGUUCUGAUGCUUUUGGCCACAGAGCAUCAUUUUAUAACUUCCUGGAAAAUGUUUAUUCCAAGACAGCUUUAAAUGGCCCAUAUGUACACUCAACAGUCUGAAGAUUGUUCUUCCGAUACCAGCUUGCUGCUAUGAUUUCCAUGCACAUAAAGAUUCUUUUGAAUAUGCAGCCUAAAGUCAGAAUCUUAGUUGAUGUUUUACAGAAUUUAAUGUUUUUAAUUAUGAAAUCAUUUAAGUUUGCAUUUUUGCUUCUUUUAGGUACAUAACAGAUCAGUUUCUUUUACAUAUCACCACUAAACCUUGUUUUACACUUUUUAAACACUAGUGUAUUUUGACAUUUGAUUUGUAAAAUUUUUAUAUAUAUUUAAAAUGUGCCAUUUUUAUUAUUGCUGAGUAAAGUAUGUCCUGUUUCUGCUGUAAUUAUUUCUUGGUCAGGUUGCAGCAUCAGCAGUUACUGCCACACUGUUAUCACAUAUACAUGAACGUUUGUGCUUACUUUUUCUUAAACAAAAUGAAGUGUAGGUAUUUUGAGGUACUGGGCUCUUACUUUGUUGGAAUAGGGUGUGUACAGCAAUAAGCAGGUUUUCAAUUCCAGUACUUAGUUUGUGUACAAAUGUAAUUAUGUUCAUUGUGUAUAUAUUAUACAAUGAGCACAUCCAAUGUAAGUAUAAGAAGCCACUUACUAUUGUUCAAAUGCAAAUGUUCAUAUCUCAUUUCUUUUUUAUCAUGUUAAAUAAAU